GUUCGGACGUGGUUGACUGGCUACACAGGAACGUUGAAGGUUUCACAGAUCGUCGAGAAGCUCGAAAGUACGCAGGGAACUUGCUGAAGGCGGGCUACAUCCGCCACACGGUCAACAAGGUGACCUUCUCUGAGCAGUGCUACUAUGUUUUCACAGACCUGUGUGCAGGUCUGGGAGUUCUGUCUCUGUUGGAUGACGAUGGCGGAGGAGGAGGGGGUUCAGAAUGUGACCCGCUGGCCCCGCCUCCAGGCCCCCAGCAGCCUCCAGCCUUCCCCUACCAAUACCCCGUCCCUCACCCCUACAGCUCACAUCCCCCCCUCACCCAGCUGACCACCUGGGGGGGAGGAGGAGGAGGAGGAGAGGGGAGUCAGCACAGUGAAGGAGAGCGAGGUGCUGAUGGAAGCAGUGGGUCGGACUGUAGUGACGGUCAGAAGGACCGAGGACUAGGCAGCCAAUCAGAGCCUACCACACAGGAAGCAGGUGCUCCGUCUGACAAACAGCUGACUGAAUUGCUGUCUAGCAACAACAGCAACCUGAAACCUCCCAGCUCCUUCUCUGGUCACCAUGGUAACAAGGACUCUGAAGACCUGGCUCCGUUGCAAGCUCGAGGUCGCCAUCGUGACCUCGCCGCCACCCGCCAGUCCUUCUGCCUGGCCAUGGGAAACCCCAGUGAUUUCUUUGUGGAUGUCAUGUGAUCAGUUUGAUGAUGUCACAUCCUGUCAGGUGACCUGUCCCGAUUUAUAAAAAAAAGAAGUUUGGAGCGACGACAGAAACAUUUGUUUGAUGUUUGAACUCUUUCAGGUUCGUUUCAGUCUGUGAGCGUUCACCGUCAUCCUGAGCAUGGACAAUAAAGUUUAACCAAAACCACACGUCCAGUUUUGAACUUUGAACGUAUGAAAGUAGAUACAGGACCCUGGAACACGUGACUCUGUGGCGUCCUCUGAAUCCUCCAGGAUGACAUGCAGAGACUCGAGACACUCGGACCUGUCACAGGUUUAUAUCAGCGACAUGUAGCAGCAAAGACACGACAGGUUGACAGUGCAGGGGAUACCUGAGGCCAGAUCAUUACCUGUAUAUAAAGAUAGACAACAGGGCACCGCUGAAAUAUCUCAAACACACUUUUACCUACCAACAGAUUUAAAACAUGGAAAUGUAAAGCUCAAACCAUAUCAAAACCUGUUUGAUACCACGUCAACAGAAAUAGAAAUCCAAGGCAACAAUGAUUGAGUAUUUUUUUGUGACAGAAAAUUGCAGAAAAUCUCCACAAAUUGUCUUAAUUAUACAAAAAGGUAAGAAAGUUUUAUAAAAGAGGGCGGGUCUGGAGAGGAGCGAGGCGCACCCUCUUCUUAUACAUUCUGUGGGUUAGAGGUGUGUUCAGGUAAAUUCAGGGAUUCAAAGGCUCCUGCAAUGCAUUGUUCACUGUUUGAAAGCCGUCUGAAAGCAGCUAAGGCACAACCAAUCAGACAAGUUCAGCCCUGCAAGCCCCGCCCCCAGAAUUUCUGUACUUUAAAAAGUCCUACAUCCAGCCUCUAAUUUGACCCUGUAAUUUACUUUGUGGACACACGGAGUAGCUCACAAAGUUUCCUCGAUAAAGAUCUUUGAUAACGUCUCUUUUAAAUUGAUAAAAUCUGUUAUUUCAAAGGCGCAGUAUGUAACUCUGACCCCUAGUGUUUAAAAUGGGUACUGCAGUCUAAAUUCUAAACAUCAUAGAGAGCUGUC